GUUGAUGACAAGAAACGUGACACCAUCUAUACACGGCUAGUUCGGCUGAACACAGAACAGCGACCACUCUAAUUUUCUAACCACCAUGGCUGUAAAUGACUGGGAUGACGCUACAGAACUAUUGGAAACCUACGAUUUUCUCAUGAAAUAUAUCAUCAUUGGCGAAGCUGGAACAGGAAAAUCCUGUCUUUUGCACCAAUUUACCCACAACUCUUUUAAGGAUCAUUCACAACACACCAUCGGAGUGGAGUUUUCCAGUCGGACAAUAAGGUUGGGAGAGAAACGUAUCAAGCUCCAGCUUUGGGAUACGGCAGGUCAGGAACGAUUUCGCUCCGUUACACGGAGCUACUAUAGAGGCGCUGCUGGUGCAAUACUAGUCUAUGACAUUACCAACCGUGAUUCAUUUACAAGGUUAUCCCAAUGGUUAGCGGAUGCUCGAGCUUUGGCAAGCCCUAAUCUAGUUACUGUUCUUGUGGGAAACAAGGCAGACCGAGAAGAAGAUCGAGAGGUGGAAUGGGCUGAAGCUAGCCGGUGGGCUGCUGAGAACGAUGUACACUUUCUGGAAGCGUCAUCUCUAACGGGUGAUAACGUCGAAGCUCCGUUUAUGCUCGCGGCUCGAUCCAUCCUACUCUCCAUAGAAUCCGGUAUUCUAGAUCCGGAGAAAGCUGGUAGUGGCGUCAGUUACGGUGACCGGGCACUGCGCAGAGUAAACAGUUCGAGUCGACUGAGCUUUGGAAGUUUGAGUGGGAGGCCGAAAAAAGGAACCGUAAAACUAAAGAUGAAAGGUUGGAUUCCCGGAUCCAAAUGCUGCUGAGUGCUGAGUGCAUCGAUGGUAUUAUCACUUCGCACUCCAACGAUCCUCUUUUUCAACUCAUCUUUUUCCGAGUACUACCCCAUUCCGGUUAUCCUGUGCGCUCCUCUACCCCAUACCCGAUACAUUGCUACUAUACCAUUGCACAUUCACACUCCAGUGCGUGGAUAAAUCACUGUUUAUACACAAUUUCUCAUACUGACAUGGACCGCAGCUACAUACUACACUCUUUCUCAUAUUUCUUUAGAUCGUAUAUCUUUGCAUAAUCGUUGUUUCAUGUACUGGAUAAUAUUGUAUGUAUCAGUCAAUUUACAGACACCUUUCUUAUGACUUU